CCGACGACCACGGUACCAUCAACGUUCCAACUUGCGAUUUCGCUAGUAUUCAGUGUAUGACUCGAUCGCCUCAGGCUGUAUCGCGCAGAAAAUUUUCAUCAAGAACGGAAUCACAGUUCCUUAUUCAAACCAAAAACACUGCAGCGACUGUCGCGCUGCAACUUUGAUAGUAUCGAAACACGCGUCUGAUAUGCAGGUCUUCUUCAUGUAGCCUUGUGCAAGCCUUACUUGACAUGAGAACGAAUGGAACGGGAAUUUAAGCGCGCCAAGGCUCGGGUUCAUGACCCCGCAUUCAAUGUCAUGCCCUCAUUACACUUCAAUCUCCGGUUCCGCGUCCAUUCUUAAAGACUUAAACUUGUAUCGAUUCUCAGCUGAAAAUAUCUGCUUCCUUGUUUCUCCAUUGAAUGGAUUCGAAGUACUCUACUGACGCUAUCGCAGCCGCUAGGAGUCUCCAAGUCUUCACGCACAUUUAUGUGUCGAUGGCUACAUUCUGGACAUACGACUAUGCCUGCUCAAUUCGUGAGGAGGGGAUUUUUUUGUUUUGUUCUCGCUGGAGCAAGGUUAAACUUCUGUACGUCUUGACACGCUAUGUGCCUUUCCUUCUUUUUGCUGCGCACUUGUACAUGAACUUCGUCCCAGACGAGACUUCUGAUACAUGUCAAUUUGUCAACAACAUCUGCUCAGGUCUGAGUAUGAUAUCGAUCAUUUGUUCAGAAUGUUUCUUCAUACUUAGGACGUACGUGCUAUGGAAUAACAAUAAGGUCGUCCUGGCAGUCAUUCUAUCGACUUUUGCAACUUUGAUUGUGGGGUCUAUGGUUGCCCUAUUUUCCGCCACUGCGAUUGCACCAUUUGAGACCAGUUUGAUUCCAGGCAUCACAGGUUGUUAUCAAUCUUCAGGAAGCGUGAGGCUUUUUGUGCCUUAUCUUCUUUUGUUUGGAUUAGAACUGAUGCUAAUCUCCCUCACGCUCACAUGCGCCAUACAAAAGUGGCGUAUAACUAACAACCGUUUGUGUGUUAUUAUAUUGAAACACAAUGUGCUCUAUUACGCAUGUGGUUUGGUUUUCUCGAUGGUGAAUGUUCUGACCUCACUGCUCCUCGACUACGCGUAUAGCGGCAUGUUUCAAGAUUUCCAAAUCAUCGUUCAUGCCAUACUUGCCACUCGAAUGCACCUUCAUUUGUGGCAUGUCGACCGCACUGAUGAUCCUGGUGUCUUCACUUCAAUUAAUCUCUCCGACCUGACACCCACAGCCUAUAAUGAGUCAUCCUAUGAUUAGCUUGCAUUCCUUGAGAGUGGACUGGAAAGAAGGAAUAGUUGCAAUUGACUGCGACUGCGAUUUUGGUUGGCUAGAUUGGAUGAACACUUGUGAUUGGAAAUAUGCAAGCAUCGAAAUCUUGUUCGAUGAUCGACAAAAGGUCAUGUUGUAAAUUAAAUGUAGAUUGUAAGUGUAUGUAUUAUGCGGUAUGCUCCUUACUCAGUUUUGAAAGCGACG